CUUAAAUUCCGUCAUAAGAGUCUGGCUUAGGAAGCUAUCAGUUCCCCUUUUCCUACAAAAUAUGAGUCAGUUCUUCUUAAUAUUUAUUGUGACAGUCGCCGUAAUUAUCUUGAUUCAAAAGAGAUACGUAUUACCCGACGACGCGGUUAGGGAUCCUAACCCAGAUAGUAUCAUGGACAACAAUGUACUAGAAGAUACCAAAGAAGGUGCACCAACAGACGCUAGAGAAGAUGUACCCGAAAACGCCACGAAUAAUACGAUACCAACAAGAACAAAAGAAAUGCAUACACGAGGCAACACCGCGACAGAUAUUGUACCCACGGAAAGUCCCAUACUAAUAGACCGUUCAGGUAGCCCCAUUUAUUUGAGAGACUUAGAGAGAGAUAAUAUCUCCAGGCCGCAUUUCAAUCAUUGUCUCGAUUUAUAUGUAGAUCAUGUCCGAGACGUGUAUCAAAAUGUCGAACACGAACGCUUCGAUGAUAUACCCACCAAGCUACGCCGCCGAUAUCCAUGCUACAUAACUAGAGAUGAGCUAAUUACCUUGGAUAAAUGGGCACAGAAGCGAGGUCGUCCUCUAGGCAUCAAGGCACACAAGCGCAACGAGAAGCUGAUCCAAGAAAACACUGAAGAGACCGUUAGGAAAGUAACGGAGGAGGCAUUCAAGCUCUACCACGAGAACAAGAAUGACCCGUUUCCCGCUAUCAAAGCACUUGGCCGCGGAUUGCGCGGCGUAGCUUCAUCAAGAGCUUCUCUUCUGCUUUCAGUGGCGUAUCCUGAGACUAUGAUGUUUUUGUCCGAUGAACUCCAUUGUUGGAUGGGGACAGUAAGAGAAGAAAAUAAGAGAAGUACAGUGAAGACUCGGUCUAAAUGUUUUGGCCUCGCCAAUGAGAUGAGAUUGAGAAUAGGAGCCCAGGCUAUUGAUGUAGAAAAGGUUGCGUUCGUAUUGAAAUGUGAGAAAGAUGUAUUCAAUCUCAAACGAAAAGACAUCACGAGCCCCCCUCAUCCUCGCCCUGAACCAGUUGGUAGAGGGAGCUACGGUACUACUGUAUACGCAAUACAGCCACCGGCAGGGUGGGAGCAGAAAGAAUUCAUUGCGGUCAAGCGAAUUUUCUCGAUGCCUUCCAUGAAACGCCAUAGAUUAUUUGCCGAAAUAAAUGACUCGGCUUUUCUAGCCCAGCGGUCCCCAGAUCAUUUCGUCAAAUUCUAUGGUUGGAACGAGGAGCUCGACUUUUACCUACUCGCUAUGGAGUAUAUUAAGCUGGGAUCCUUAGAAUCUCACCUCAAACACUCGGAACACUCCAACCCUAUCAAAUGGACUGAAAUGAAUACCAAGUCUAUAACAAAACAGAUCCUAGAGGGAUUGGAGAUAAUGCACGGGAAUCGUAUGGCCCAUCGCGACCUAAAACCCCAGAAUAUCCUCGUCGUAUCCAAGGAGCCCAGAAUUAUCGUCAAAAUUGCCGAUUUUGGAAUUUCCAAGCGACUUUCCGAGAGAGGGACCACGUUCCUCCAGACGUAUGCUGGUACUCACGCAUAUAAAGCUCCCGAAGUUAUUCGGCGUUGGCGCGAAGAAGAUUCCUCGAAAAAGAAGUCAAAAGCUUCAUAUACCGAGAAGGUUGAUCUCUGGUCCCUUGGGUGUAUCGUCUUCAAUAUUGCCGCGCGAAGAGACUUGUACCCACGAGGAUGUCCUACAUCAUUUGACGACGAGGUUGAAGAAUAUUUGGAAAAAAAUUUAAAAGAGAUGAACCUAGGAGCCGCGGCAAUAAAGUUUGUACGUAACCUGCUUCAAUUUGAAGCUUCAAGGAGGCCUUCCGCUAGAGAUGCCCUAAAUAACCCCUGGAUAACCGGAGCUGCCGCUGGAGGCCAUAAUGCCUAGAGACAAUGGUUGACUUCAGACUUUCAUUUCAUGUGUUGCAGUGCAAAUCAUAGGAGAUGCAUGCGAAAGGAAGAAAGAUUCGAGAGUGAUGCAGACAAGAGGUAGCUAAUAAUGACUUAACGAUUUGAUGCCAUCUUUCUACAUUGACAAUAUAC